GUCGUCCACUUCAACAGCCACCGGCGGGUUCUCUUCCUUUUUCGACAUUGCGAUUGACGGAUCGGGUGCAAGCAGGAAGAUACAGUAAGAAGUCAAGUUCGACUUCUCCCCCUCUUUUCUCUGAAGCUUCUCUCAACUUCCCCGCGAAAAUGGCGACAACGAACCCCAACACCACGGGCAGGAGGGUCAAUGUGCUGGUUUACUCCGGUGAUGGCACCACCGUCGAAUCCGUGCGCCACUGUCUCUACACUCUUCGCCGCCUCUUGGCCUCCCACUAUGCCGUGAUCCCGGUGACUGCAGAAAUGCUCCUCAAAGAGCCAUGGACACUUACAUGUGCCUUGCUUGUCUUCCCAGGCGGUGCAGACCUGGGAUACUGCCGGUCCUUCAACGGCGCUGGCAACCGGAAGAUUGAGCAAUACGUUCGCCGCGGGGGUGCUUACCUAGGUUUCUGCGCCGGGGGGUACUACGGCACUAAGCGCUGUGAAUUCGAAGUUGGAGACAAAACCAUGGAGGUAAUUGGCGACCGUGAACUGGCCUUCUACCCGGGUAUCUGUCGUGGAGGGGCAUUCUCUGGAUUCGUCUACCACAGUGAAGCAGGUGCCCGCGCUGCUGAACUGACAGUGUCGAAGGAGGCACUGAGCUCUGGAGUUGUCCCGACCAACUUCCGCUGCUACUACAACGGUGGGGGCGUCUUUGCCGAUGCCCUAUUGUAUGCAGAUAGUGGCGUUGAGGUCCUUGCUAGCUACGCACAAAGACUCAAUGUAGAUUCUGGGUCUGGCUCUGCCGCCGUCGUUUACUGCCCGGUUGGUGACGGUGCAGCCAUUCUUACUGGGCCGCAUCCUGAGUUUGCGGCGGCGAACCUCACUCCUGGUGCGAGUGGUUCUGAAUACACAGAAGUUAUCGAGGCUCUUGCUGCGGAUGACAAGUCCCGGACCGACUUUUUGAAGGCUUGUUUAUCGAAACUCGGCUUGCAAGUAUCCCAAGACACGACAGAUGUACCGUCUCUGUCGUCACUGCACUUCUCGUCCUUGUUCCCCGAUGACGCGAAGGAAGUAUUGAAGUCGUUGGAAGAGCUGGUUGGUGAUGCGCAGUACCUGAAAGACGAACAUGACACUUUCCGGAUUGAAACACCAGGUGUUUGUAAUAUGGGAGACCUCGCAGAAUCCCUGCCGGCAGACGUAAAGGAAUCCUCCAAAAUCUCCCAGGAAGAGGGGAUUCUGGAUCACCAGGCAGUUGUCAAACGGCUAGUGGUUCACGACGAUGUGCCGUCGUCAAAAAUGACCCCCUAUUUCAACCACCACGCUUUCUACACCCAUCUCCGACACUACCAGGCGCAAUCGAACGAGGGCGCCUCGCAGUUUGGCUCAAAUCUUAUAUAUGGAGAGGUCAUCACCAGUACUAACACGAUUUUAGAAAAGAACCCCAAGCUCCUUCACCAACUGCCGAACGGCACGACGGCAACGGCAACUACGCAGGUCGCCGGCCGAGGAAGAGGCUCCAAUGUCUGGGUGUCCCCAGCAGGGGCGCUCAUGUUCUCAACUGUAGUACGACACCCCAUGGAUAAGAUGCAGUCAGCUCCAGUCGUGUUGAUUCAGUAUCUCGCGGCACUGGCAACGGUCCAGGGAGUUCAAAGCUACGACAAGGGCUUUAACGCCAUGCCAGUAAAGUUGAAAUGGCCGAAUGACGUCUAUGCUCUCGAUCCAGAGCAGCCUGAAGCCAAGAAGCAAUACACCAAGAUCUGCGGAAUCUUGGUAAACUCUCAAUACUCCUCGAAUGAGUACACUUCCGUCGUCGGAAUCGGCAUCAACGCCACCAACGCAUCCCCGACUACCUCAUUAACAGCGCUUGCCAACCGCUUCGUUGGUCGCAAUGCGGCCCCUAUUACGCUGGAGAAACUACUCGCUCGCAUACUCACUGUCUUCGAGGACUUGUAUGUUCGGUUCCUGCGAACAGGCUUCGACCGCGUGUUUGAGGAAAUGUAUUACGAUGCGUGGCUCCACAGUAACCAGAUCGUGACUCUGGAAGCCGAAGGAGGGAUCCGUGCUAGGAUCAAGGGCGUUACUCGAGACUACGGCAUGCUGCUGGCAGAGGAGCUCAGCUGGGAUGACCGGCCUACUGGAAGAGUGUGUCAGUUGCAGAGUGACAGUAAUAGCUUUGACUUUAUGCGGGGAUUGGUGCGACGAAAGAUAAACUAGACUUUCCUUAUAGAAUUGAGAAUACGAGGCAAAUUUUAGACAAUGUGUCAGCCUCUAAGCAGAUGAAAUAUUAGCGACAUACUGCAGUCAUUGAAGUGGUAACAGGUUUAAUCAUUAGUGACCGGAUCUGAUGUCACAUAAGGAUGCGCUUUCAUGACGCGUCCAGCAUUAGCCGG